GAGGGACGGCUAAACAGCAGUCAACUCGACCAGCUCAGCGAUCUCCUCAAACUGUUCUUCUACUUUGAGGACGAGUGCACAAACAGCAUCGUCAACGACAUAAGAGUCAUCUCGCGCCGAAUCAACACCACGAUAUCCAACGAGACACAGAGGCACCGGUUGUACAAGUGGUUCCAGCACUUUGACAAAGACGGAAACGGUUGCAUCGAGCUGAACCACACCGAAGAGAUCUCCUUCCACAACCACGUGCACCAGUUCACCUCUUGCAGACAUUUUCUCGACCACAUCAGCGACGAAUUCGACACCGACAAUAGUGGAUCCAUUACCCUGGACGAGUGGCUCAACUUCUUUGUUCGAUACACAGCAGGUACGUACAGACAU